GCUGUCACAUGACCCAGUGACGGCUGAGCAAAGGGAAGAAAAAAAGAGUCUUGUGAUCAACUCUGCAGUGGCUCGAGGGUGAACGACGAAAUUUUUCGGGCAGGCGUAUUUUGCUCUUUUGCACCACAUCCUCCCGUACCCAGUAUUGACACGCCGCGAAAAUGCCGAUCUGUGGACCGAAACUUUCCCUGUGCGGGUUGAUUAUCUCCGUCUGGGGCAUAAUCCAGCUGCUGCUGAUGGGAGUGUUCUACUACAUCAACAGUGUCGCGCUGAUCGAAGAUCUGCCGCUGGAGGAGCACUAUCCAACACCGCAGGAGUUUUAUGCGGCCGCUGACGUCGCGUACAGUCAGAACGCAUACAACUGCUGGAUUGCUGCCUGCAUCUACGUGCUAACUCUGGUCAUCUCCGUCCAGCAGUUCCACGCGAACAGCCGCUCGACGGUCGCCUAAAUCCACCGAAACCACCAGCCCCGCAAUAUCAUCUUCCCCCUCAAAACACACACACACACACACAUGCAAAGUGAAACCAGGCGCACCUUCGGGUGGCCACAAUUCAGUGUGAAGGCCGCUGUUACUUCUACACAACUACCCCCCCAAAAAAGCUUUGCUUUUACCCUACGAUGUAAAUAUGUGUUUGCCCCCAUUCGCAAAGACAACCCCAAAAGCACCACGGCUUGAUAAUUUCGUCCUUUUCGGCCCUGGUAACAAUCGUGUCUGCACAACACAUUCCGUUUAUCGUGUUCGAUCGUUCAUCAAACAUCGUCAUGGCACGUUUCAAACCUCCGAAAACUGUUUCGUUUCUCCCUGUAAUCGUCAUUGUCAGUGUUAUAAACUCUACUCACACUACACACCACAUUGCGCCCGAUCGAGAGCCAUUUAGUGAACAAAAGUGUUGGAAAUAGUCCAGUCCAGUUCAACCCAUACCAUCCAGCCCCACUGGACCAUCAUACACACAGAGAAAGAUUCCCGCAAGAGCAAACAAGGCCAACCAACAUCGAUGGGUUCCACGUGUUAAUGAACUCUGGCCGACAAAGAAACCGUUUUUCCCUUCCAUCUCUUGCCCCGAGGGCAAACAGUUCGGCUCGGAGUAAGCUUUGGCAUAGAAGCGGUACAUAUAUUUGGAAACAUUAAAUCAUCCCCUCAACCACACGGUGUCAAUGCGAUCGACAACACUUACCUAUAUUGUACGUUGGAUUACUGACACAAAUGUCGCUGCAAUUUGGUUGAUUAAUGAUGUAAUAAAUAAUAGGAAAUAUA